AUGUUCGUUUUGUUUUUCUCUAAGUUUGAAAUACUUAUGGAUUAAGUUUCAAUUCAGAAUGAUAUUCAUGGUAAAGUACUUUAUUAAUUUAGAGUUAUUAUUGUAUGAGAAUAUUCUUACAACUAUAAUUUGUUUGUUAAUGGGAAAAAGAAAUCAUACAUCGAAAGAUACUUUAUUAUAUUCAUUAAUGUAUUGCUUGUCAACCUUUUCAGGAAUGAAAGGAUUAUAAAUAAUGAACAUCUCAAUGUACAUGACAUUAAGAAGAACUCUAAUUUUAUUUGUGUUCAUGAUGUAAAAGAAUUGGAAGAUUUCUAAUUUUAUGUCUGUAAUCUUUAUAACUCUUGGAGCAAUAAUAGCUGGUACUAUACAUAUGUAAUAUUUAAAGGUUAAGAACAUUUAGAUGUAAACUAUUUAGGUUAUGGACUAAUUCUUUUAAAUAACGUUUUCAAUGCUCUUGCUUUACAUAAAUCGAAAUAAUUGAAUUAUGAAAAAUAAAUCGAUCCUCUAGAAUUACUCUUUUAAAAUUCUUGUAAUUAAAUUCCAUUUUUAUUUAUUGGAGCAUAUGCAAGCAAAGAAUUGCAUGAUUUUAUGAAUUCUUAGUACUUAAAUGAAAAAUUCUUCAUUGCAUUUACAUUAAUUUCAUUGAUGGGAUUCAUGUUGUGUUAUUCAACCAAUUUAUGCAAUAUGUACAAUUCUCCAAUUGCUAUUGCAAUAACUC